UACUUGAGUUCCCAAUGCGAGAUUUGAUAAAUUAAACAAAUGACACAAAUUAGAAUAGCAGUUAAUCUCUUUUGCUAUCUUGCCGGAUAAUCUAAAAUCGAUUAAUAACACACGUAUGUCUACUUAACUAACGUUAGCUAGCUAUCUAACGCGUUAGUCAACGCAACGACGUUAGCUAGAUAGUUUACUAAUGACCUAGAUAAAUAUCUCCUUGAUUAAAUUCGAACUCUUCAUUCUGUCCAGACGCUUUAUACUUUUUGUGAACAACAAACGUGUUCCUUUUCUCCUGUUUAUAAAUAUGAUACUAUUCCUGAUUUGAGUCAACUCUAGCUACAUCCGCGCGAGUCGAGCAGACGGUAUUAUGACGUCACUUUGACAAAUUCGAUAUCCCUUCUAGCCAUGACCGAAUUAACGUAGGUUAGGAUAAUUAGUUUAGAUAAGGAAAAGGAUUUUGACAAACUGUAUCCCAUCUAACCAUUACCCAUUCCUUUGGAUUUACAACAGUAGCUAGCUAGCUAGCUAACGUUAGCUGUAUGCUGGCAAAAAAACUAAAGAAGGAAGCGGUGGGAAAUAUAUUGAGACAUUUUUCUUUGUAAUUUUAUAAAACAGGCCACGAAAGCCAGGCCUUAAUAAUUUAUUUAACUGUUAAUUUGUAAGCCUGACUGUUGCUGUUCAGCAGUGAAACAUGGGGGCUGACAAGAGGUUUGGCCGAAGUGAGCGUAGUGGAAGGUAUGCGUCAGACCGGGGGCGAGAUGAUCCAGAGUGGCAUGAAAGACGGGACAGAGAGCCGGAUAGGGAUUAUGACCAGCGCUGGAGUGACGAGAGACACACUGACCGUUUUGAUGAGCGCAGAGACCGAGACGGCCCUGAGAGAAGGCGAAAGCGCCACAACAGUGACAGGUCUGAAGAUGGCUAUCAGUCUGAUGGCGAUUAUCAAGAGCAGGAUUAUAAGAUGGAGCUGGGGCAGGAGGAGAGCAAGACCAUCAUGCUCCGGGGCCUGUCCCUCUACGUCACAGAGGAAGCUAUCCAGGCUGCUCUUGAGCAGCUGCAGGGACCCCAGCCUGUGGACAUCCGGCUGAUGAAGAAGAGGACAGGUAUAAGCAGAGGUUUCGCCUUCGUGGAGUUUUAUCACUUGCAAGAUGCUACCCGAUGGAUGGAGACCAAUCAGAAUAAGCUGAUGAUCCAGGGAAAGUGUGUGGCUAUGCACUACAGCAACCGGAGACACACAUUUGAAAACUGGCUCUGCAAUGCUUGCGGUCUGUACAAUUUCCGGAAGAGGCUGAGGUGCUUCAGAUGUGGAGCAGUCAAAGUAGAGGGGUCAGAGUCUGCUGGCCCCAGUGACCGGAACUUAGAGCCUAAGCAAGCUGGAGACUACUGUGGCGACACGAUCAUCUUGAGAAACAUCGCUCCCCUCUCCACCGUUGAGGCCAUCAUGACGACCCUGGCUCCCUACGCCAUCCUGUCCCCGGGCAACAUCCGUCUGAUCAAGGACAAACAGACAGGACAGAACAGAGGCUUCGCCUUUGUACAGCUCUCCUCUCCACUGGAGGCUUCCCAGCUCCUGACAAUCCUCCAGGGCCUGCAGCCCCCUCUGAAGCUGGAUGGGAAGACUAUUGGGGUGGAUUAUGCGAAGAGUGCCAGGAAAGACCUGCUGAUGCCAGAUGGGAACAGAGUCAGUGCCUUCUCCGUUGCCAGCACAGCCAUUGCUGCUGCUCAGUGGUCCUCCAGCCAGCCAAAGCAGGCCCUGGGUGCUACCACAGACUAUGGUUCCCUGCAGGAGGGCUGUGCACCGCACACACAGUAUGGGCAGGAUUAUCUGUCGUGGCCUCAGCAGCCUGCUGUGUUGGAUCCUGCUCCUGGAGACGGAAUAUUAGGAGCUGCACCAGGAGUGAAGGCCCUGGUCCCUACAGCAGCAGGUGUGGUUGUUUCCCUGACCACACAGGUCUACCAACAUCACCUCCUCAGCCAGCCUACCAUACAGGCGCACCAACUAGUUGGGCAGAUUGAUGUGGCACCACAGGCUACCAGUUCCAGAGUUGCCACCUCUUCACUGAGAACAGCAGCAGCCGCUUUGGCAGCCUCCCCUGGAGCUGUCACUUUCUCUGACAGCACAUCUGUUGUUCCUGACACCUCUGCUUACCAAUAUGAUGAGUCAUCUGGGUACUACUACGAUCCACAGACUGGUCUGUACUAUGACCCUAACAGCCAGUACUACUUCAACUCCCAGACCCAGCAGUACCUGUACUGGGACAGUGAGACACAGACCUACAUCCCUGCAGCAGCAGCAGAAACAACAGCAGUAGAAACAACAGCAGCAGACUCCAGCUCCGAACAGGCUUCCGCCUCCUCAGCAGCCUCGUCCAGCACAGAGUCCAAGGAGAAGAAGGACAAGCCCAAAAGCAAGUCUGCCCAGCAGAUAGCCAAAGACAUGGAGCGAUGGGCCAAGAGCCUAAACAAGCAGAAGGAGAGCAUCAAGAGCAGCUUGCAGGGCCUGGGGCAGGGCAGGGAUGAGGACCGGAGAGAGGCUGCCGCUGCAGAUGCAGGCUUCUCUACCCUCUUUGAGAAAAAGCAUGGUGCAGGGUUUGAGACCCAGCCGUUGGUGAUGAAUGAGCUGCUGAAGAAUGGAGAACCGGAAACCCCAGUAGCCAAGAGUGGCCUGGUGGCAGCCUACAUUGGUGGGGACAGUGACUCAGAGGACGCAGCCAACCCAGAGAGUGGAGGUGGGGGUGAUGAGGGGUCAGACAAGCUGACAGACUGGAAGAAGAUGGCCUGCUUGCUCUGUCUCAGGCAGUUCCCCGGCAGAGACGCCCUGCUGCGCCACCAGCAGCUCUCAGACCUGCACAAGCAAAACUUGGAAAUUCACAGAAGAUCCAAACUAUCUGAGGCCCAGCUGGAAGAGUUGGAGAGAAAAGAGAUGGAGCUGAAGUACAGAGACAGAGCUGCUGAAAGAAGGGAUAAGUAUGGUGUUCCCGAACCACCAGCACCCAAGAAGAAGAAAUUCUAUCAGCCUCCUGCCCCCACAGUGAACUACGAGCAGCCCACCAAAGACGGUCUGACCAGUGACAACAUUGGGAACAAGAUGCUGCAGGCCAUGGGCUGGCAGGAGGGCAAGGGCCUGGGCCGCAACCAGCAGGGCAUCACUGCACCUAUCUCUGCCUCAUUACGAACCAAGGGCACAGGCCUGGGCAUCAAGGGAAGCAACUACGAACUCUCCGCAUCAGACACCUACAAGGACGCCGUGCGCAAAGCCAUGUUUGCACGCUUCACUGAGAUUGAGUGAACAAAUAAUACAGCCAUCCACUCCAUCCUCAUUCCCUGUUACCUGCCUAUUAUCCUCACCACUGUGAAAAUGACAAGAACAAGAGGAACAAUGUGUUAUUUAUGAUCUCUGUGGCCUUGUACAACAGCUAUAAAUAAUGAAGAUAUUGGGCAUUUCACAGGCCAAGCUAGUUCUUCUAUUUAAUGUAUUUUUUUAUUUAGUAAAAAAAGCUUUCUUUAUUGCCUUUUUCUUCCAUAUAAAAUGCUGUCAAUAGCAUUGUGUACAGUUUGUAAUUUUGUAUGGAAUACAAAUGUGGCUGUGCUAAGCUACUCUGUGGUUGUUUCUGAGAGAGAUCAGAAUUAAACUUGACUUUUGUGUU